AGCCGAACGCCCCGCGCGCCGCCGUCUGCCGUAUGGUGUAUGGACUGAUAAGUGUGGUGAAAAUCCAAAUAACUUCAGAAAGUUCGCAGUGAAUAAAGCUUUAUUUUUGAACGAGUUCUAAUUAUAUUACCAUGGAAUCUGAAGUGUUAAAAGAAAAAAUCCACACCGAGCCCAUGCUCAAUGAUCCUCGGUACAUAACCUUACUUAGUUUGGUCGUCCUUAUUGUGACUCUGUUGUUUUGGUGGUGCUUCUCCCGGCGUCGGCAACAGCGUCGCUCAGUCCUGCUAACGGGCCUCUCAGACUCUGGCAAAACUCUUCUGUUUGUGAGACUCGCAUACUCCCAAUACAGGCAGACUUUCACCUCUAUGAAGGAGAAUGUUGAAGAUUACAUCACUUCUAAUACCGCAUUAAGAAUUGUUGACUUACCUGGACAAGAGCGUCUGAGGAACAAGUUCUAUGACCAGUACAAGGCCAGUGCUAAAGCCAUUGUCUAUGUUGUGGACUCAGUCACGAUUCAGAAGGAAAUUAGAGAUGUUGCUGAAUAUUUAUAUACAAUUCUAGCAGAUCCAACUGUGCAGAGCUACAGUCCUUCUGUGUUGAUCCUGUGCAAUAAGCAAGACCAGCCAUUGGCCAAGGGCAGCCAGGUCAUCAAGAGCCUUUUGGAGAAGGAAAUAAAUCUAGUCCGAGUAACAAAAUCUAGCCAACUGCAGUCCGUAGACCCAUCUCAGUCGAACAAGACAACCUUUUUAGGCAAAAUGGGUAAAGACUUUGAGUUCUCGCACCUCAAUUGUCGUGUUGACAUCGCUGAGUGCUCGGCGAACACCGGGGAUGAUGACAAUCCAGCUGAUAUUAAGAGUCUGCAAGAAUGGAUCUUGAAAUUGUAGAUAUAAGUCUAAUGUAAACAUUCCUUUAACAUCGCACAUCGAGUAUAUACCCAGAAAUAGAGACGAAAUAAGGGCCAUCCAUCAGGCAAAUGGGCCUUCUAUCACUUUUGAAUAUAAACUUUCGUUUGCGUUUAAAUCACAAAUUAGAACGCUGAAAUAGUACAGCGCCAACAACUGUCCUGUGUGUACGUCUCCGUAUAUUCCAAAAUAUUCUGUAUUUAUUAUAAAUAAAGAUAAUGUCUCU